UCAACGUUUGGUGGGGACCCUGAGAGUUCUGAGUCUGAGUCUACUGGCCCGAGAACCGGAGAAGCCAGAAACCUGAGCGUGAAGCCAUGGAGUGCCCGGGUCGUGCCCGCGACUAUCGAAGUGGCAGCUUCAUUACCUGCACUGUUCUCACGACACUGACCUUGGUGGUUCUUUUUGCCACCACGGGAGUGGACGACCUGCACCAGCACUGUUACUCUAUUUGUCCAGGACCAGAUUGUGGGUGGAUUUGCAGCCGCCUCACCGAAUACCGGGGAAUGGAGAAAGCGAUCUAUCUCAUUUUGAGCGUAGUCAUAUUCCUUUGCAUCGUCUCGGCCAUCUCUUGUGGAUGUUUCAAGGAGGUGCUGCAGAUACCCCGCUGCCCAGAUGACUGCAACACAAGAUACGUUCUUUGUGGACGGCCUUGCUUUGUUGCUGGUCUCUUGCUGCUCACCCUCUUUGUGUAUUGGCUGAUCGCGGUUGGGAGAACCACGCUAUUGUCCGCAAACACCAGCGCAAUUUUUGUGUAUAUCUUUGCCUUGGCAUGGCUGGCAAUGCCCUUGGUUUGCUGCGGCUUAGCACGCUUGCUGGUACCAGACGAGAAGGCGGAGAAAGGCGACGAAGAUCGAGCCUUGAUCUCCUCCCGUGAUGCGCGGGCUGCACCCUGACAUGUUUCAGGAUGUGUGAGGUACAGGACACUUAUGCUCUCACAUAUGAUGUUUCACACGGUGCCGUUGCGAAAGAUGAAAC